AGAAACCAGCAAGCAAGCUCAAUGAACUCUUCAUAGCUUGAGCUCAUCCACAGUUCAUUCACUCACUCUCCUAGAGAGAGAAACAAUCCAACAUUCCUAGAGAGAGAAACAGAGAAUCCUUAUUCUCAUCAAACAAACACUCUCUGUGAAUCUCUGAUCCUCAUUUCCUUCGUUUGUUUGUGUCGGUGGCAUCGUUUUGAUCUGAUCUGAAGCGAAGAAGAUGAGUAUGUACGGUAGGGAUCCGUGGGGUGGCCCAUUGGAGAUCAACGCCACGGACUCCGCCACCGACGAAGAUCGGAGCCGGAAUCUCCAGGACCUCGACAGGGCAGCGCUGUCGCGUCCACUCGAUGAAACGCAGCAGAGCUGGCUUCUGGGUCCAACCGAGCAGAAGAAGAAGAAGAAGUAUGUUGAUCUGGGUUGCAUCAUCGUCAGCCGUCAGAUCUUCGUCUGGACCGUCGGCGCCCUCCUCGUCUCCGCCGUCAUCGCCGGAUUCAUUACUCUCAUCGUCAAAACUGUCCCUCGCCACCAUCACAAGCACCCUCCUCCGGAUAACUACACACUUGCUCUUCAUAAGGCUCUCAUGUUCUUCAAUGCGCAGAAAUCUGGGAAACUUCCCAAGCAUAACAAUGUUUCAUGGAGGGGGACUUCUGGGAUGCAAGAUGGGAAGGGUGAUGGUGUCUCCCCUACAAUCAAGGAUCUGGUGGGUGGAUAUUAUGAUGCUGGGGAUGCGAUCAAGUUCAACUUCCCUGCUUCUUUUGCCAUCACUAUGUUGAGCUGGAGUGUCAUUGAGUACAGUGGCAAGUAUGAAGCUGCUGGGGAGCUUAAUCAUGUCAAGGAUAUCAUCAAAUGGGGCACUGAUUACUUUCUCAAGACCUUCAACAAUUCUGCUGAUACCAUUUCCACCAUUGCUGCACAGGUUGGGUCAGGAGACACCUCUGGGGGAAGUACAACUCCAAAUGACCACUACUGCUGGAUGCGCCCUGAGGACAUGGACUAUGAUAGACCCGUGACUGAAUGUCACAGCUGUUCAGAUCUUGCUGCAGAGAUGGCUGCUGCCUUGGCUGCUGCAUCCAUUGUUUUCAAAGACAACAAAGCCUAUUCCAAGAAACUUGUUCAUGGUGCCACCACCCUUUUUACGUUCUCCAGGGCUCAGAGAGGCAGAUACAGUGCAGGUAAUUCUGAGGCUUCCACAUUUUACAAUUCUACUGGCUACUGGGACGAGUUUGUCUGGGGUGGUGCUUGGAUGUACUUUGCAACUGGAAAUAACUCGUACCUUAAGCUUGCUACUACUCCUGGCUUGGCCAAGCAUGCCGGUGCCUUCUGGGGAGGCCCUGAUUACGGGGUAUUGAGCUGGGAUAACAAGCUUGCUGGUGCUCAGGUUCUUCUUAGUCGUUUGAGGUUGUUCUUGAGUCCUGGGUAUCCAUAUGAGGAAAUUUUAUCGGCCUUUCACAAUCAGACCAGCAUAAUCAUGUGCUCUUACCUACCAGUUUUCACCAGCUUUAAUAGAACCAAAGGAGGCUUGAUUCAAUUAAAUCAUGGUAGGCCUCAGCCUCUCCAAUAUGUUGUCAAUGCUGCCUUUCUGGCUACCCUAUACAGUGAUUAUCUUGAUGCUUCUGAUACACCUGGAUGGUAUUGUGGACCUAAUUUCUUUUCAACUGAGAAACUCCGAGAAUUUGCCAGGACUCAGAUUGAUUACAUCCUUGGCAAGAAUCCUCGGAAAAUGAGCUAUAUCGUUGGUUUUGGUAAUCAUUAUCCGAAACAUGUCCACCAUAGAGGUGCAUCCAUACCGAAGAACAAGGUUAAGUACAGCUGCAAAGGUGGAUGGAAAUGGAGGGACACAUCAAAGCCAAACCCAAAUACACUUGUUGGUGCCAUGGUUGCUGGUCCUGACAAACAUGAUGGUUUCCACGAUGUUCGUAUGAACUACAAUUACACGGAGCCAACGAUUGCUGGAAAUGCUGGUUUAGUAGCAGCACUAGUUGCAUUGUCUGGUGACAAAAGCAUACCGAUUGACAAAAAUACCCUUUUCUCAGCUGUCCCUCCAAUGUUUCCAACACCGCCACCACCUCCAGCACCAUGGAAACCAUAAAGUGUCACGCCAUUUGUUAUCCUUUUCCAGCAAGUACCCCAAAUGACUUGAGUGCACUGAUAUCUUCUGUUAAUUUGUAUCAACCGGAAGAUCAAGGUAAUUUUGAAGACAAGGCCACGGAGGAAAUAGAAGUACUGGAGCUUGGCCUAGUGAAUCUAGUUGGCUCGGCUAUUGGCAACUCAAGAUUAGCAUUUAGGACUUGAUAAAGUGGUACUUGAGAGUGUCUCCUUGCUUAAUUUUUUUUUUUUGUGAUAUACGUAGUAUAUAUGUAUCAAAAUCAAAUCUUGUAUUCUUUAAACAUGAAACCUGAACAGCUUGUAAUUGUUUGACAAUUUUAUCUAAUGUCGUUACAGUUUUACUCUUA